UUUUGCCAUCUCUGUUGAACAGUGGACUGUGAGAGAAAGGGUGAAAGUCUUCAAAUUUUCCAGUGCACAAAUAAGACCCUCAGUCCUUAAAUAAAAUCUUGAAGCAAAAGCAAGAAAGAUUUGUAUAAAACUAACUAGAUAGCAAUAGCAACAUGGGAAUACUAGUACUGAUGGCUACUAUAAAAAAAGCAGUUUAAGAAUUGUUUAGUUCUAGUGGAGACAAUGACUUGUUGUGCCUCAUUGAUGGAAGGAGCUGGAAAGGAAACCAGUUUUGAAACAUGAGACCAGCUUUGCAUUUGGUGUGACAAGCAUUCCCAUCUACACAACUUUAGAACGUGUUGUGUAUGACCUCCUUCUGUCUGUGUAUGUCUGUGUUGUAUCUAAUCCUUUAUUACCCCUCACCUGUACUCUGUAGGGGCCAUUUCGGCCAUUUGGGUGCCCAAGUCCAUGUGUGUGUCUGGUCCAGUCUGGUUACAAUGUUUUUAGCAAGGAGUCCUGUGCCUAUUGAGGGUACAGCUUACACACACAGGCAGGGGCAUGAGGAUUUUGGGGGGAAGAGGCUCAAGUGAAAAAAGAGCACUUCUCAUAAUUUUCCAAAUAAAAAUUGCUUUAUGACAUGUGGGUAGUAUAUUGGCUAGCAAAUGUCUGACUAACCGAUUUAUUAAAAUACCCUCAUGCAAAUACUACUUAAUACUCAACAGAUUUCUACAAAAGAAUCAGUAGUAGUAUUAUACAAUCCCCCCCAUUCACGUGUAAGGCAGGGCUGUCUAUAUCAUGUAUUGAUAAAGAUAUAUUGGCAAAGAACGAACUAAUGGAAUGAAUAGGCCUAGUUAUUAAAAAAAGGGCACUUUAUCUCCUGGAUGAAAAAGGGCAGGGUCUCAAGACCUCUUUGAUGUCUAUAUGUGCAUGUGCACGUGCCUGCACACGGGUACAUGCACCAUGUGCGGACUGGCUUCACCUUCACAGCCGGCAGGGUGGCCAGUUUCCUCCCCUUUAGCCUACCAAGAGCCUAUGGGGGUUGCUGUUUCUGUAAACUGUCAGUCCUGUGUUGUGACAUCAGAGAAAAGUUCUCCAUUUGGCCCCUGGCCAGACUUCGGAAAUCUGGGUGUCCAUUUUGUAGAUGUUAUCUCAGUUAGACUCAGAUGCCCGUGUCACAGUCAUGAAGACAUCUGUGUUGCACUGGUAAGUGCUGGAAUACUGAGUGUUAGUUCGGAUCUUUUGAAAAAUAAGCAGGUGAUCUGAACAGGUGCAGGAUUAGCAGUGAAUCACAAGAAUAGAAUGUCACAACAACCCAGUCAAGAAGAACUGCGAGUGGUGAUGCUGGGUUCAAUUGAGUCUGGAAAGACAUCUGUGAUAAACACCUUACUUGGUCAUACAGGGUCCGAUUUGGGGAAAAGAACAGUUAACUGUGUGAGGAAAGAGGGGGAGGUCAGAGGCAGAAAACUCAUUCUAGUCGAUACCCCAGGCUGGUGGAGGAACUUUUCGUUAAUUGACACAGCAGAGUUUAAGAAGCGGAAGCUUACGCUGAGUGUCUGCAAAUGUCCCCCAGGACCUCAUGCUUUUAUCUUAACAGUUAAGAUCGACAACCCCUUCACUGAGAACAACAGAAGAGCCAUCGAGGAACAUUUGAGUCUCUUUGGGGAGAGCAUCUGGGAACGUACAAUAGUGGUCUUCACUAUCAUAAGAGAUGUGCUGGGAGCAGAAACCAUGGAGGCACUGGUAGAUGAAAGCCUUGAGCAGUACAUUGAGAGUGGGGGAGAGACCUUGAGAUGGCUAGUGAGGAAAUGUGGUAACCGGUAUUGUGUCCUUAAGCAUGAUUCUAAGCAGAUUUCCCAACUGCUGGAAAAGAUAGAGGGUGUAGUAGCGAAAAAUCACGGGGGUUAUUUUCAACUCGAUGAGAAGGUGUUAAAGGAAAUUGAGGAGAAGAAGAAAGCCAACGGGGAGAAAGCCAGGUCCCGGCGUCUUAUAGUUGCCAGGCAACGGGAAGGAAGUAAACCUGAGAUCCAAAUUCUUCUGCUAGGCUGGGUGUGCUCUAGAAAGACCAUGGCUAGAAACAUCAUCCUAAACCUAAAGGAGAACAUAGGCUGGAGAAGAACCAUCCAGACAAAUAGAAAAUCAGGAAUAGUGGCGGGGCGUCUGGUCAGUGUGGUGGACACCCCUGGCUGGUGGAAGUACUUCUCUGGCCAGUUCACUCAAGAGUGGAUGAAGACGGAGCUACGUAGGAGUGUGACGCUUGACGGUAAGAAUCCCCACGCCAUUCUUCUUGCAGUUCCAGCAGAUACUACCUUCCUUGAGGAACAGAGGAAGAUUACAGAAGACAACAUGAAGAUAUUUGGCGAGCAUGUGUGGAGGCAUACCAUGGUGCUGUUCACAUGUGGAGACCUGCUGGGAGACACAAGCAUUGAGGAGCACAUUGAGUAUGAAGGAGCACCACUGCAGUGGCUCGUGGAGAAGUGUGGAAACAGAUAUCACGUCUUGGGCAAAGACCAAGGUGGGGAAAGCUCACAGGUCACAGAGCUGCUGGAGAAGGUUGAGGAGAUGGUGGCUACAAACAGCAUGUUCAGUCUCCACGAAGAGUCUCAAACACCAGAAGUCGAGGAGAUGGCUGAAGAACCAGAUGAAACAAAUGCAGAGGUUGUGCGAUUCUUGGACCAGGAAUGGAACAGGAUGGACAAACAAAUGGAAGAGACCGUCAAAAGCAUUUGCAGUCAAACCCUUGUCCUAGAGGGAAAUAGAAGCAUAGAUGAUUUUCCUGACCACGGAGAGGGCCCAGCUGACCUGUCUGAGCAGGCUGAAGGGGAGACGCUGGAGAGGGUGAGGGAGAUGCUGGAGCGAGAGUGGAGCCGACAGGAAGUGGUGGUCAGGGAGCGGCUUCACGAAAUCCUGUCAGAGCAACACACGCCCGCGGGUCUGUCAUCUGAAUCUGAUGAGAGUGAUCAAUCAUGAGCGUGAACUCCAAAAAAAAUAUCUUCAGAUGAUUUGAUGGCACCUCUGGACAUGACACUGAUGAAGAUCUUGACCAUGAGAAAAAUGAAUAGCACAUUCACACAUGAGAAGAUUAUAUGUACUGUGCAUUAUACAAUUUUAUAUUUUGUAAGGGGCGUUGUGCACCCCUAUGAUGUGUGUGUGUGUGUGUGUGUGUGUGUGUGUGUGUGUGUGUGUGAUAUGUCAUCCAUAAUGCAGUGUGAUGCCUAAUGUUCAUUUUGGCCAAUUUACAUGGUUAAGUGGUUUUAGCCUGUGCAAAUGUCAAUGUGAAUUUCCGUUAUCAUUUUCUGUGUGCCAUGUGUAAAUACUACUGUUUAAGCAACGUGGCACGAGUGAGAGUCGGGCUAGGAAAGGAUAUAGACCCUUCCUACAGUACGGCUAUGGUUUGGCCGCAGGCCGCAGCUACCCCUGAGUUAUUUCCAUUCAUUAUGAGUCUUGGAAUGCCUCUCAUCCAAUCAGAGGUGAAUAAAAAGCUUAGACUAGCUGUUGUAUUUAAGGGAAUCUAUAUGCUGUCAGCAUACAAUACCCUAUGCUUUGCUUUUUAAAGUGAUGAGUAAACUUCUUUUUGCUUUAAACUUCUAAAAGUGUUGAUUUAUACUCGUUCCCAUAGUUUUGCCUUCAUCAGAGCGCUUUUUUGUAGGCCAUAUGGGUAAUAUAUCUUUACAAUAUUUGUUAUAAUCUGUUCAUCCAAUCCUAUGUGUAUGAUUGUUUUAACCUGAGUGUUUAUUUACAGUGGAAGAACUCAGCAACCACUGAAAAAAGUCUAUCUUUCUUUCAACGACACCUAACAAAUAUGUGUAUGUUUCAUUUAUGUUCUGUAAAACACAGGCAAUGGGAAAUAGGAAUAUUUAAAUUGCAACUUUAUGAAUAAAAUAAUCAUUGAGCUGAAAUCACUUUUCA